GCCCGGAAGCGGACGGAAUCCGGGGGUCUCCAGGUCGGGCCGCCAUGGACGAAGCGGACCGCCAGCUCCUGCGUCGCUGCCGAGUGCGUCUGGUGCGCGAGCUGCAGGUGGCCCCGCUCUGGGACGCUCUGCUGCACCGGGAGCUCUUCACGCCCGACAUGAUCGAGGACAUUCAGCGGGCAGGCUCUGGGUCUCGGCGGGAUCAGGCCAGGCAGCUUGUCACAGAUCUCGAGACCCGAGGGAGGCAGGCCCUUCCUCUGUUCAUCUCCUGCUUGGAGGACACGGGCCAGGUUGUGUUGUCUUCAUUCUUGCAAACCAGUCGGCAAGAAGCCAAGCAGGACCCAGAGGCCAUCAGACCCUUAGACCUGGUACCUGUGGUCCUGAGACCAACGGGCCUUGAACCAAGGGAGCCAAGAGUGAUAAAGCUGGAUCCGUCGGAGCAGGCCUUGGGAAACCUCACCUCUGCGGUCCUGGGGCCUGAACAGCACAGGCCUGCUCAGUUCAGGCCAGAGGUGCUCAGAUCACAAACGCCCAGGCCAGUGGACUUUGGUUCUGGAACAGUCCGUGAUGUAUGUGCUCCGGAGAGCUUGAAGGGAAAUGCUGACCUGGCAUACGUCCUAGACGCGGACCCCUGCGGCCACUGCCUCAUCAUUAACAACACGACCUUCAGCCCAGCGUCGGGGCUCGGCACGCGCACCGGCUCCAACAUUGACUGCCAGAAGCUGCAACAGCGCUUCUGCCGCCUGCACUUCACGGUAGAGGUCAAGUGUGACCUGACUGCCAAGAAAAUGAUCCUGGCUUUGGCUGAGAUGGCCCAGCGGGACCACCGUGCCCUGGACUGCUUUGUGGUGGUCAUCCUGUCUCAUGGCUGUCAGGCCAGCCACCUCCAGUUCCCAGGUGCCGUCUAUGGCACGGAUGGUUGUCCAGUGUCCGUCGAGAAAAUUGUGAACAUCUUCAAUGGGACCAGCUGUCCCAGCCUUGGAGGGAAGCCCAAGCUGUUCUUCAUCCAGGCCUGCGGUGGGGCUAUGCCCAUUCAGGAAGGCCUGCAGACUUCCGAUCAGCUGGAUGCCGUGUCAAGUCUGCCCACUCCCAGUGACAUACUGGUAUCCUACUCCACCUUCCCAGGUUUUGUCUCCUGGAGGGACAAGAAGAGUGGCUCCUGGUACAUCGAGACGCUGGAUGCUGUCCUUGAGCAGUGGGCUCACUCCGAGGACCUGCAGUCCCUCCUGCUCAGGGUUGCCAAUGGUGUUUCCGAGAAAGGGAUUUACAAACAGAUUCCUGGUUGUUUUAAUUUCCUCCGGAAAAAACUGUUUUUUAAAACUUCAUGAGGACCACUCAUCCUGCAUUUUCAUUCUUCCCCAAACCUGCUCUGCGCCUAGAUGUGCCUGAGGCCCAGACUGUCCUACAAGGCAAGGAUUCUGAGGCCUGGGUGGGCUGCUCUUUCUCAAUCCACAACAGAGAGGCUUCUAGCAGCUUCCAGGCCUACUGAUGGGGGAGAGAAGAGCGUAUAGACGCCAGGUGGCCUCCUCAGCUGUGGCCCCCAACACCCUCUCUAGAGUUUUUCUGCCUCUAUACCACUGACCUAUGGAGAGAAUCCAGUCUUGGGGCUGUCUUGUGGGUGAUAGGGUGUUUUGUGCCCCUCCUGGCCUGUACCUUCUAGCAGCUAGGAGUACCCCUCUGGGUCGCACCAAUCAGAAAUGUCUUCAGACAUUAUCACAUGUGCCCCCGGGGAACAUGCAUAUCCCUAACUUGAGAACCGUCGGUGCUCAGGGGUCUGUGGCUACAGCAUGUCUCAGACUCACAAGUUCAGCUUCCCAGUGUGAACAGCUGGAUCCAUCAUCCCGGCCAAGUUUCUGGAAGCUUCACUGUCCCUCUAUUACAUUAUUUAUUCUUAAAAAGAUAAAUCUUAAUACUGAACAGUGGA